AAAGAAGAAAAAUAAAAAUUAGAGGAUACUGUUUUGAUUCUGUAGAUGAGAAUUUCUUGCCAUUAUUUGGCUGAUUAAGACAUAUAUAUACAUAGAAAUUCUUACACAUUUGCUUGCUGUGUAAGGUUUUCUCGAAAAAACUCCGACCAUGGCAAUGGCGGCUUGCGCAUCUAUGAGAACUCUGCAACCCAUGAAUCUCUCUCCAUUUCUACCCGCAAAAGGCGGCAUCUUUCGAAAUGGGUUCCUCAGUUUCCGCAGAAUUGGUCGCCGCAGCCGGUAUUCCAUGUUCCUCAAGACGACGGCGGCGGCGGUUAAGAACGGCGUUCUGAGAUUAAACGGCGCCGAUGCUCUCGUCGGCGUGCCUGAUAACGUCGUCAUGACGCCGUUAUCCGAUUCGUCGGCUUUCCUGGGUGCUACUUCCACUGAAAGCAGUUCCCGACAUGUUUUCAAAUUAGGGGUUAUUGAAGAUGCUCGAUUUCUAUCGCUAUUUCGGUUUAAAAUCUGGUGGAUGAUACCUCGAGUGGGGAAAUCGGGGAGGAAUAUUCCUGUCGAAACACAAAUGUUGCUUCUCGAAACAAAAGAAGAAAAAUCAUCGAUUUCUAAAGAUUCUAAUCCAAACACGACUUACGUGCUAUUUUUACCCGUAUUGGAUGGCGAAUUCAGAAGCAGCCUCCAAGGGAAUGCAGCUAAUGAGCUCCAAGUUUGCGUCGAAACUGGCGAUUCCACCGUAAUUGCAUCGGAGUGUCUCAAGGCAGUUUUUGUGAAUUACGGAAAAAACCCGUUCGAAUUGAUCAACGAAUCUAUGAAAAUCCUGCAGAAGUACAGCGGGACGUUUGCAAUUAAAGAAACGAAGCAGAUGCCUGGUAUGCUCGAUUUGUUCGGUUGGUGUACGUGGGAUGCUUUUUACCACGAUGUCAAUCCUCAGGGAAUCAAAGACGGGUUGAAAAGCUUGUCUGAAGGUGGCACUCCGCCGAAGUUUUUAAUAAUCGACGAUGGAUGGCAAGAUACUACAAAUGAGUUCCGAAAAGAGGGAGAGCCUUUCGUUGAAGGGACACAAUUUGGAGCUAGAUUAAUGAGCAUAAGAGAGAACAAAAAAUUCCGAAAAGAAGCAAGCGACGAUUCAAUUAACACUCCACAUAGUCUAAAGGACUUCGUUUCGGAUAUAAAGAAGACAUAUGGCGUCAAGUACGUAUAUGUGUGGCAUGCAUUAAUGGGAUAUUGGGGUGGACUUCAUCCAAAUUCCGACGGAACAAAGAAAUACAAUCCCACAUUAAAAUUUCCGAAACAAUCGAAAGGGAAUCUUUCGCAUAAAAGGGAUAUAGCUAUGGAUCGUAUGGAGGAAUACGGUGUAGGCACAGUCGAUCCGAAUAUGAUUUUCGAAUUUUACGAUGAUCUACACAGUUAUCUUGUCUCGCAAGAAAUCGACGGAGUUAAAGUCGAUGUACAGAACAUUCUAGAAACAGUAGCCACAGGCUCGGGUGGGCGGGUCCCACUUGCUCGUCACUUUCACGAAUCUCUCGAAAAAUCAAUAUCCAACAACUUUCGAGACAAUGGGAUUAUAUGUUGCAUGGCUAAUAGUACGGAUUCUGUUUAUAGCUCGAAAACGAGUGUUAUUACACGAGCAUCGGAUGAUUACUACCCCAAGAACCCGAAAACGCAGACUUUGCAUAUAGCUGCUGUGGCUUAUAACAGCUUAUUCUUCGGUGAAGUAUUUGUUCCAGAUUGGGAUAUGUUUUAUAGCCUACACGAAUCGGCUGAAUUUCAUGCAAUUGCUCGAGCUGUUGGAGGUUGUGGAGUCUAUGUAAGUGACAAACCUGGAAAACACGAUUUCGAUAUACUAAAGAGGCUUGUGCUGCCAAACGGAUCUGUAUUACGGGCGAAAUAUCACGGAAGGCCUUGUCGAGAUUGUUUGUUCGUUGAUCCUGUUAUGGAUGGGAAAAGCCUUAUGAAGAUAUGGAACUUGAACGAACUUUCGGGAGUUCUUGCUGUAUUCAAUUGCCAAGGAGCUGGAAAUUGGCCCGGUUUCGAGAGUUCUUUGGAUAUAAAUGGCGUUGAGUUAUUCGGAGAGAUUUCCCCAUCGGAUAUUGACUAUAUUUCGGAAACUUUGUCCGAUUCGUUUGAAGGAGAUUUCGCUGUAUUUUCGUUCAAAACAGGGCGUCUAUCUCGAGUACCGAUGCACGGAACGCUAAAUGUGACACUUAAAACAUUACAAUGUGAUGUCUUCACAGUGUGUCCAAUUAAGAAAUAUGAUCAAGAAAUUGAAUUUGCACCAAUUGGAUUGAUAAAUAUGUACAAUUCCGGAGGGGCAGCCGUUAAAGUCGAGGCGGUUAGUAAUGAUUCUUCGUUUGUCGGAAUACGAAUCGGAGGGAGAGGGGAAGGUGUUUUCGGAGCUUAUUCCAAUUCGAGGCCAAAGUUUUGCUGUGUUAAUGGUGUGGAGUUGGAAUUCGAUUUCAGUUGUGAAAAUCAUUUUUUGACAGUUAAUAUUCCCUCAGGAACUACUUCUUGGGAAAUUGCUGUUCAUUAUUGAGGCCAUUUUAUUUUAUUUUUUAUUUUUUUAGUUUAACUGACAAAACCUGUCAUAUUUCUUUAGAAAACAUAUAUUUCACAAUUGAAAUAUUUAAUUUUUUUCUUCACCAAAAAAUUGAUGUGAAGUAUUUAUU